AUGCCAACUCCAACUCCAUCACUUAUUACCGUCAUCGUGGCUUUUGUCAAGAAAUCGCUCUAUUUCUCAUCUCGCUACGUCAGACAAACCUAUUCUCGACUUACAUACCCAAAGCAGUUGUCGGGAAUCAACAUGGCGUGGACAUGUAGUGGUAACACAAACUCGGCGCUGAUCGAGAACAUGUGGAAAAAUGGACUUAUCACUGAUGCUCGAGUGAAAGAGGCGUUCCUCAAAGUUGACCGCGCACAUUACGCUCCAGCGAUGCCAUACGAAGACUCUCCCCAACCUAUCGGCUACUCAGCUACUAUAUCCGCACCACACAUGCAUGCUUCAGCGGUCGAACAUGUCCUAAGCUAUCUCCUCCCAUCCUCCACGUCGCCUUCCCCGCGCAUUCUCGACGUCGGCUCUGGCUCAGGUUAUCUUACACAUGUCAUGGCUGAGCUUGUAGGCGAGAAAGGUCUUGUCGUAGGGCUAGAACAUAUCAGGCAGCUGAAGGAGCUGGGCGAGAAUAAUAUGGCAAAGAGUGAGCAAGGAAGGAGGUUUCUAGAAAGUGGAAAGGUGAGAUUUCGGUUCGGCGACGGGAGAAAGGGGUGGGUUGAAGAACCAAGAGAAGGUGAGCAGCAGGAAGGUAUGGGAUGGGAUGUUAUCCACGUUGGGGCUUCGGCAGUGGAGAUUCAUCCUGAGUUAAUCGAGCAGUUAAAGGCUCCUGGAUGCAUGUUUAUACCAGUUGACGAUGACAAGAUGGGAUACAACCAGCACGUAUGGAGGAUUGAGAAGGACGGCAAUGGGGAAGUUACAAAGAAGAAGUUGUUUGGGGUUCGAUAUGUCCCAUUAACCGAGGCGCCGAAGGAGUAG